GACGGCCUGUCCGGAGAGGAUCCGUCCUGUAUGCCACCAGGAGCAGAUUGCACAGGCUCGGGGACGCGGCUGGAGGAGGCCAGAUCCCAUGGCUGGAAGUUAUGGCAUGAUGGGUGAUGACGACUCUAUUGAUUACACCGUCCACGAAGCCUGGAACGAAGCCACCAAUGUGUACUUGAUAGUGAUCCUUGUUAGCUUUGGCCUCUUCAUGUAUGCCAAGAGGAAUAAAAGGAAAAUUAUGAGAAUAUUUAGUGUGCCACCUUCAGAAGAAACCUUGUCAGAACCCAAUUUUUAUGACACAAUGAGCAAAAUUCGCUUAAGACAACAAGUGGAAAUGCAUUCUGUUUCAAGAAAGUAUGAGUAUCAACAGCCGCAAAGCCAAGCUGACAGUGUGCAGCUCUCGUUGGAAUGAAACCUGAGACUGAGCAACGGAAGUGAUGGUGUGAAGUGGUGUGGCAACACGUUCCUGCUCCCCUCUCCUCAGUCAUCACUGGCAUUCAGAGACCCUGUCAGAUAAAGUCAUCCCGCUGCCCCCCCACCCCACCCCCGCCUGGGCUUUCUCCUGUUGCUUCUAGGACUUGCUUCAUAAGCACAAAAACUUUUAGAAGGAAGACGCCUUCUGACUAGAGAUGAGGACUUUCCCUUUUGAAGAUGUCUGCUGUCUUCAGGACACAGCGGAAAAUACAAACGUGUCUUCGGAAACAAGAACCCUGGCGUUAAUGUCACUUUGAUUAGAAUAUUUUUACAGAGUUGAAACAUCAAAUUCUCGCUCUUGAGGUGGUUUGCACUUAGGUUGUGGCCUGUGAUAAUGAGUUUAACAUCAGUAAAGGACUGAUUUGUGUUGCUCUCACUAUGGUUACUGGCUCUGAGUCAGGGAUCUUUGCUUCACGAUUUGUAUGCCACACCUCUGAACUCGUAGUGGCUUCUCCAUCAUGAAGCAUGUCCCAUCUGCUGGUUGGGGAUGCUCUCUGCAACUGGAUUUGCCUCCCUUUGAUCGUAUUCCCCACACUUGUUAUUUUGUUCCUGAUCCCAUAUUCUCCUUACCUCCAUAGGGCUCCUUGAGGCCAUGCUGUUAGACAAAGAGCCAUCUCUGUCUAGCUGUUGGUACUUAACUUCCCCAUGUUUCUCUGUCACUGUUGAAAGUUACUGUCUGGUGUCUUGUGCUUUGUAAAGCUUGGUUGAACACACA